AUGCGCAAGAUGUGGUCCUACAUCCCGAUACUGCUACAAGUCUUCUUCACAACUCUAACAUCAGCUGCCACGCUUCCGCCUUCUUUACAACUAAUCAGCAAUGCGAAUAUCCUCUCAAACGGCUCAGAAGAAUACAUAAGAUGCCUCCCAAGAUCCAACGUCACAUAUCCCAUUUACGACUCACCGCUGGAGCUAGCCAUGACUUUCGGCCAUCGUCAAUUCCUUUCAUGGCAAUUGACCACCUUUCUCCAGAGUGUUCUCAUUGCCAUAAAACCAAACGCUGCCCUCCAUCCACACGUGUACCUUCCUGACGGCUACUACUACUAUCAUGAGCCCCGACACCUCGGCGCCAUCAGCGUAGUGCCUGCUUUGUUCAGGGAAUUUACCUGGUCAGACCUGUAUCUCGUGCUGCAUGGACUUGCGGAAUACAUAGUUACCGCUCCACAUGCGUAUGAGAUGUGCGUUGAGAUCAAUUUCAGAGCAGGGGGCUUCGCCGGGGUUAUCUUCGUUGAUUGGUGGACGUCAGACGUGCCAACGAUGCGGAAUCCUCUCCGUGUUCGUGGUGCAGAACACGGUCCUCUCCUUGAGCCGGACUCUUAG